ACACAGGCCAAAUUUGUACUGAAAGCUAUACUAAUUCUGCUUUUGUUUUCUACCUCUUGUCAUUAUUCCUUCCCAGUUCCCACUCCUCCUUCCUCUUAAUAUUUUUUUUUUGGAGACCUUCCUUCAAAUUUUUGAAUCCUCCUUCCCUGUUUUAUACUUUUCAUACCUAUUAUCUCCCUCCAUUUUUACUCUUCACAUCCUUCCAAAAAACACACUAGAAAAACCCCAAAACAAACUUCUCUGGCUCUGCUCUUUCAUUAAUGGCGGUAGCCAUGACCAGAGCAAGAAGCGACCAUCUUCAUCUUCAAAAAUUCAAACAUAAAGAAGAUAACAAUAACAUGAUUCCUACAAAUCAAACCCAGACAAAAGUUUCUGUCCCAGUUGUUUAUUAUCUUUCUAGAAAUGGUCAACUUGAACAUCCCCAUUUCAUUGAAGUUCCUCUUUCUUCUUCUCAGGGCCUUUUUCUUAGUGACGUUUUCAAUCGUCUCAAUCUCCUUCGUGGUAAAUCCAUGGCUUCUCAUUAUUCCUGGUCCUCUAAACGGAGUUACAAAAAUGGGUAUGUAUGGCAAGAUUUAGAGCAGAAUGAUUUUAUUCAUCCAGUUCAUGGUGGAGAAUACGUUCUCAAAGGCUCUGAAAUCAUCACCGAUAAUGUUUCGCCACCAACAGUUUCGAAAUCCUCCGAAACGUCGUCGUCUUCUUCAACCGGGCAGAAUGUUCUUGUACCCGGAGAUUCUGAAUUUCCAGCGAAGAGAAAUCGCCGGAGAAAUCAAUCGUGGAGCUCAAUCGAUAUGAACGAAUACAAAGUCUACAAAACAGAGUCAAAUCUCGAACUCGCCGAAAAAGCGGCAGCAAACGCGUCAACUCAGACGGAUGAAAAACGACGUCGUAGAAAAGCAGUAAUGAUCAAGGAAGAACCCGAAAUAGAAGAGGAUAAAAUCGAGAAAGUGCACCAUAAUCAAGUACAACAGAGUACAGAAUUAAGUAGAGGAGAGAUUUCACCUCCACCGUCUGAUUCAAGUCCAGAGACAUUAGAGACGUUGAUGAAAGCUGAUGGAAGAUUAAUACUAACGACUACUUCAUCAUCAUCAAGUUUAUCACAAACCGUUAAUCAAAGUGAUGAUAAUCAGACGGUAGGGAGUUGUCCAAGUGGAAGAAUGAAAGCUUCAUCAGUUUUAAUGUCGUUAAUCAGCUGUGGUUCAAUCUCAUUUAGAGAUUGUGGAGCUGCAACAGUGAAGGAUCAUGGGUUUUCGUUGAUAUCCCAUUAUAAGACGAGAUUGCCACGUGGAGAGAAUCAGACGGUGGAAGGGAGUAAUGGUGUUAUGAUGGAGAUUGAGAAUAAUGUUAGUAGUAGUUUUGCUAAAAUGGCGUUGGAAGAUAAGGAGUAUUUUAGUGGGAGUUUGAUUGAGACAAAAAAAGAAGAGUUUCCUACUAAUCUUCAACGUUCUUCCUCUUACAAUGCUGACAGGAGCUUGCAUCUGAUGAAGUUGGAGGAGAAUGAAGUGGAAGGAGUUAAAGCAAAAUGCAUGCCUAGGAAGCCAAGGACGACUCAUGCAAUCACUUGUAAGAAACAGUUUGAUGCAUAAUCAUAAAUUAGUGGCCACUCAAAAUUAAAUCUUAUAAUAUCAUUUCUAGCUACGACUCUAUUUAUGUUAUUAUUGCUAAAUUGUUUCCAACAACUGCAACAAAAAAAAAAAAAGAUCAAUUUAACUUUUUUAAAAUUUCAUCUAUAAUAUUUGUCAUUUUAACUACUACUACUAUUUUUAUAUAACUAAAGUUGUCUCGUCUUGACUAUUACUUUGGAUAAUGUAAUAGUUGUUUGUUCUAUUUCGUUUCCUCCAUUUACAAAUGACAUGAAUAUUCAGAAGUUUGAUAUGAGAUAAAUUUUUAGGGUAAAAGUGAUGAGAAUAUGUCUAAAAUAGAAAUGAGCAAACUUUAAUUGUUGAGAGCAUUGGCGAAUGUAGCUUUCAUUAAUGUCAAACUUGACACCAAUUAAUAAGUUAUACUAAUGAAGUUGGUUAAAACAUUGAUGUAUGACAAUAUUGUCGCAGGUUAAGUCAACUUGUCAAUGAUUUUUAAAAAUAAUACUCAAAACACAUUGAUAUUAUUUAUUUUUAUUUUGAAUCUACUCGAGAAUAGAGGUGUUCAUUUGGGUUCUCGGGUCGGUUUCAGACGGGUGUCAUUCGAUUCGGUUGUAUUUCGGAUCGGUUAUAUUUCGGAUGCGUGUUGCGACGGGUUAUACUCGGGUUGGGUCAAUUAGUCAUGGUACGGUUGAAGAUCGGUUAUUUGAACUAUCGGGUUAGUAUCAGGUCGGUGUCGGUUAAAGUUCGUGUUGAGUUUCAAUCGGUCUCAGGUUGUCAUCGGUUAAUAAUUGGUUCGGUUUUACCAAGUACAGAUCGGGUUUCGGGUAUUUUUCAAGUACAAUUUGGCUACGAAUUGCGAAUUACUAAUUACUAUUGAUCGAAUAUGUGUCAGAUUAAGUUGUUAGUCAUUUUUUAAUUGAUGAUAAGGUUCCUUUACUUAAAGUAAAAUAGUGAAAAUGCAAAUCAAUUAGUGAUCAUUAUUACAUUGUUACUUUUACUUGUUUGACCGGAAAUUAAAAUUAUAAAGUUCUAUCAAUUUUCAUCUAAUUCGAUUAAAAGUAGUUAAAUAAACAUUGACCAUUGAUUAUUAACUCUAAUUAUAUGAAAUCAUGUAUUUAUAAAAUUUAUUUUAUUAAAAUAUUUGUGACUUUAUUAGAAUAACUAAUAGAUGAUUGAAUGAGUCAAUCAUACUUCUAUGUAAAAAAUUGGUUCGGAUUUAUAGCAGUUCGAUCUAAACUUCGUUCGGGUUAAGUCGGUUUUAGCCGGAUCGAGUUCGGUUUUGAGCAUGAUUCGGGUCGGAUAUAACUCGGGUCGGUCAUUAUUAGGUUCGGGUAAUCUCGGUUAACGGCUAUGUGUCGGUUAGAAAAAUAGGUUACAGCUCGGGUUCAGUUUUCCCAUUUUCGCUUGUCAACCGGUUCGUAUAUAGCUUCGAGUCGGAUAAUGUCGGUUCGAUAAACCUAAAAAGGAACACAUUUUCAUGUCGGUUUACUUUCGAUUUCGGAUCGGAUUUUUGGGUCGGAUCACUUUUAAACAGCUCUGAAAACGAGUACAUUGCUAAGCCAUAUGAAUUUUGGGAACUUGGAAAAGCAAAAAAUAAAAAGCUCCUGUUUCUCAAGUAAAUUGACUUAAAAUGAGUCUCUUGAUUUUGGAGCUCUAAAAAUGAGCUCAUUACUUGUCUUUCUUCCCAAAAAGAGUAGCUUUGGGGUUCAUUUUAAAUUUAAUUAACUUUUCCCCUUCUUUUAGGGAUAUUGGUUAUGGGUGUUGAAAAUCUUUAAGCAAAAGCAUGAUUUGGGAAUUUGG